GUCUCUCUCAAUAAAAAUGCAUAAACUUAAAAUAUUAAAAAAAAGCAAUAGCAGUGAAUUCUGGCAAAUGCAAUCUUUACCUCUUCUUUGUUUUUCUGUUUGUGUUGCAUUGCACCACCUUCCCCGUGUCUCAUGAUCCUUGCUAUAUACAUCUAUGUUUUCAUAUUUGCAUCAUUUUCUUGUUUAUAGAUCCAUAGUCCUUGCAGCCAUUGUGUUAGGAAUACUGUAUGUGGGAGUGACUCAACUGCUUUAGGUGAUCCCAGGUAAAAUGCAUAUUUAAUAAUGACCCUGAGAAGGAAUUGAGGAGUUAUCUUGUUCUCACAAUGUGAAUAUCCUUGAUUAAUUAAUCAUUUUAAUGCAGAACUUCAUUAACAUUCUCAUUUUAGUUUCUUGUUUUCUUUUGUCUGGAACAUUCUAGUGGAUAAAUCAAUGGAUAGAGCAAAUCACUCUGUGGUGUCAGAGUUUGUGUUCCUGGGACUCACCGAUUCCUGGGAGAUCCAACUUCUCCUCUUUGUGUUCUCCUCUACGUUUUAUGUGGCAAGCAUGAUGGGAAACUCCCUCAUCAUGCUCACUGUGAUUUCUGACCCUCACUUACACUCCCCCAUGUACUUUCUGUUGGCCAACCUCUCCUUCAUUGACCUGGGAGUUUCUUGUGUCAUUUCUCCGAAGAUGAUUUAUGACCUUUUCAGAAAGCAUAAGGUCAUCUCCUUUGGUGGCUGCAUCACUCAAAUCUUCUUCAUCCACGUCAUUGGUGGCGUGGAGAUGGUGCUGCUCAUCGCCAUGGCCUUUGACAGAUAUGUUGCCAUAUGCAAGCCUCUGCACUAUUUGACUAUUAUGAACCGAAAAAUGUGUAUUUUGCUUUCAGUUGCUGCCUGGGUAAUUGGCUUGACCCACUCUGUGAUUCAACUGGUUUUUGUAAUAUCAUUGCCAUUCUGUGGCCCUAAUGUGUUAGACAGCUUUUAUUGUGACUUUCCUCGGUUCAUCAGACUUGCCUGCACAGACCCCUACCGUCUAGAGUUCAUGGUCAUAGCCAACAGUGGGUUCAUAUCUCUGGGAUCAUUCUUCAUAUUGAUUGUCUCCUACAUUUCUAUCCUGAUCUCUGUUCGGAAACACUCUUCAGCAGGCACAUCUAAGGCCCUCUCCACUUUGUCAACUCAUGUCAUGGUGGUGAUUUUGUUCUUUGGCCCGUGCAUCUUCGUUUAUAUCUGGCCUCACCCCACCUCACACCUGGACAAAUAUCUUGUUGUCUUUGAUGCAGUUCUCACUCCUUUUUUUAACUCAGUCAUCUAUACAUUCAGGAACAACGAGAUGAAAGUGGCAAUGAGGAAAAUGUGUAGUCGGUUUAUUAUUUAUAGAAGGAUUUCUUAAAUGACACAAGUAUUACAAAAUUUCCUUACUGACUUGAAGUAACAUUACAUAUCCAUACUUUGAAUACCAGAUUCCAAGUACCUUACUACCAUUGAGUUGUCCCAGAUUAACAAGGGUCUUAAAAAAUCUUAACUGAGAGAUUGUGUUGCUGCCUAUGGUUGGUUGAAGGAAGCAUGUGGUGUGAAAAACAGUAGCUCCCAGAGAAGGACAAUUGCUUGUCUCUCGGGAGACAUUACCUUGAUGAAUUUACUGUGGUCUAGAAUUCAAAAUUGUGUCUCUUCAGUGUCUGAGUGCGUUAUAUAAGGGGAUGCUGGUUGAUGCAAAAUAAAUUGAUACUAGAUAGAAAUAUAUACGUAUAUCAAGAUGUCAAUUGAUUAAUUUGCUGUGGAAGAUCAGCAAGUGGUCUGAACUUUCAUGUAAGCCUAAUUGAUUAAUUCAGUGAAGGGAAAUUUAUGAGAAGUCAAGUGAUGGUAAGGACAUUAAUGAGGAGGGAACCGGAGUAAGAGGAGUCAGCUGGACACUCAAAUAAUCACAUGAGAUUGUGAUGCCUUUGAGGAUAGGCCUGCCAUCAGAAGUGGAAAAAUAAUGGAUCCUUAGGCCAGGCCACGUUUCUGUCUGGACAGAGCUGGUUGGUCUCACAAGAUUUACCUUUUGACUUUUGUUUGUACUCUGUUUCAGACUAUCUAACUCCUAUGUUCUUUAAGAUUCAUUCUCACUUUUGUUUGUAACUAGCCCGGUUCUUCCUUUUCUUUCUUAUGAAAUAAUACUAUUCCCAUUGCAUUUACAGGAUUUGAGUCAUUGCAAGCUGAGUUUUAGUUUGGGAGGUGUUUUUUUUAUAUGAAUGUAUUAUAUUCUAGGGGAAUAAGGGAUUUGCAUACAUGGAUUUAGAAAUUUCCAUUCAUAUCCAUUUUAACAAAGAAGAACCAAGGCUCAUUCUCAGAGAUGUAGUACAAAUAACUCUGAACCUUAUGUAUCCUUACACAUACUCCUUAACCAGUUUAUCAGUAUUCCUAUUGUCUUGUAAGUGGUCCUUAUUAAUGAAAUUACAAUGUUACUUGCUAAUUUAUUUGUCUUUUCUUUUGAUUUCCAUUGCUCUUUUUAUCAUUCAUUCAUUAUUUUUGACACCCUUGAUGGAUAUGGAAAAGUUUAGUAGCUAGCACUUAUACUCAGUGUCCUAAGAUUUGUUUGGAAGUAGUGUUUUUAAAGGGGAGAUUCCAGGUUUCUCUUUUACUGAUUAAAUAAUGUUCAGUAGGCUAGCAGGCUACCAGAUUCCUCUCUGAUUUAAAAAAAUUUUUACCCCUCCCAAUCUUUUGUCUGUCUGCUCUUCUAUCAGGUCUGUAGGUAUGAUAAGACAGAUUUGCCAACUGUAUAGUACCUGAAGAUUUUCUGUAUCACUUAAUUUUAAAGGUCAUUCUUUGCACUGUGAAGAAAUAACUACUUUUAGUGGACAUCUAGUCUGUUAUUUGCUCAAAUCAGCCACCUGCUUCUCCUGGUAAAUGUAGCUUUGUCUUGCCGUAACCAUGUCAUAUGACUGGAAGGUGACAUGUAAAUCCUACCUCUCUGACUACUUCUGUUUGCUUAAAGGAUGCUUCUGAACCAAGUCUUGAUGACACAUCUCUUAGCCAUAGUUGAAGGCUUCAGGUAUGAGCCUCUGACCAAGAUGGGCCAAAUCUGAGCUUUUCCUCAGGGUGGUAGACCCAAGAACAGAGAGAAAACAAGCUCAUCCCUCUUUGAGCUGUGAUACGGAGAAACUGCUGGCCAUCAUACUUCCUGCUGUCAAAAAUCAAGUCUGGGAUACUGAAAAAACAUAUGUGGAAAAAGACACAGGAUUUACAGAUAGAAGCUUGGCAGUAGCCAGGUUCUUGGUUCCAACAGUCUUUGGCAUUCAGCUUCAUUCUUGCCCACCCAUGAAUUUGGUGACCAGCUGAGCUAAUAAAUGGGCGAAUACAUUAACCUUCUUGCUUAAGUUUGUUUGAGGUGUGGUUUUGUCCUGUAUAAUCGAAAGGGUAUUGAUAAAUACAUUUCUGGUUCUAAGAAGAGUGUAUUUUCCAUGAUUUCUGAUGUGAAUUCCUCCAUGUUUUAUUACUUAAGAAAGUACUAUUUUUUCUAAUACAAUUUUUUUCUUCUAAUAAAAAGAAAAGCUUCCUUUGAAUUAGAGAUGAAGUAGAAAUCACCCAUAAAAUCACUAUGUGGAGAUAAUUAGUGGCAAUAUUUUGGUAUGCUAAUUUGUAGUGUUUUUCUCUGCCUAAAUAAAAAUAGAUAUUUAUAAAAGGGACAUUUAAUGGUCUCUGCAUUUUAUCCUGCCUGCCUUUUGAUGAAUAUUACAUUCAGAGAUGUUUUUCACAUUAUCAAAUGUUGUAGUACAAAAUAAUUUUAAAUACAUACAUACUACUGCAUUAUAUGAGAAUCAUAAUUAUAUUUGUUAUUCCUCUCUCAUUGACCAAUUAGAUUAUCUUUAAUUUUGUGCUCUGCUUG